UCCGCCCACCCGCCUAACAACCUGCGACCCUCUCUCCCUCCUUCUGUGUUUGUCACCUCCGCCUGGAGGUCACUGAGGAGAAGCGAGAGCCGAGACACCGCGCCAGGCCAGGCCGAGGCUCAGGCCCAGGGCCAGAGGCAAACAUGCUGCGCCAGGCGGCCAGGCUGAGGCAGUGCGUGGGCCAGUCGUUGCUGAGAGGCCGGUACCGCGGGGUGAGCUGUCAGGCCCGGCGCCGCUACUCGGUGACCGGCUGCAGGAGCAGGACAGCCGCCCCGGGAGGCCUGAGGCCUACACGGCAGCUGUGGCUGCACAGAGCGGGGCUGCAGGGCCCCGCGGCCUCGGCCAGGAGAUGGUACAGUUUGCCCCCGCACCAGCUGGUGCCAUUGCCAGCUCUGUCGCCCACAAUGCAGAUGGGGACUAUAGCUCGGUGGGAGAAGGAGGAAGGAGAAAAGAUAAAUGAGGGAGACUUGAUAGCUGAGGUGGAAACUGACAAAGCAACAGUUGGCUUUGAGUGUCUGGAGGAAUGCUACAUGGCAAAAAUCCUGAUACCAGCAGGGACUCGGGAUGUGCCCCUUGGUACAGUUAUCUGCAUCACAGUUGAAAAGCCUGAGCACAUCGCAGCUUUUCAGGAUUACACUGCCAGCGAUGCUGCAGCCGCAGUCUCUGCCCCCUCAGCAGGGCCCACCCCCCCGAGUACUCCUCCCCCCACAGCCAAGCCUCCAGGCAGUUCCUACCCUAGUCACCUGAAGGUAAGCAAAGGGAGAGAGAAAAAAAUUGGGGUGUACAAAAUUACCCGUUUUGAAUCAAGCGACUAAAUCAAAAUGGUUUCUCUCACUGAA